GAGAAGGAGGAGGAGGUUUGGGUCGCCGCUGCAUCCCCGGAGGAGCGGAGCGAACAAGAGAAGAGAGGAGAAGAGAAGAGAAAACGCCGCGGAGGGAGCGGAGCGGUGCAGCUGCAGUUUGAAGGAUGUUCUCCUCGGUGAAGGCCUUUGAGGGGCAGCAGUAUUCGGUGCUGAAGAAGCAGUGCCUGCAAAGUGGUACUCUGUUUGAAGAUCCAUUGUUCCCCGCUGUGGAUGACUCGCUGUUCUAUCAGGGGAACCGCAUCGGACGUGUGCAUUGGAAAAGACCUGCGGAGCUGUGUGAUGAUCCGCACUUGUUCGUGGAUGGGAUCAGCGCUCAUGACCUGCACCAAGGGCAGCUGGGGAACUGCUGGUUUGUGGCGGCGUGUUCCAGCCUGGCGUCGCGCGAGUCUCUGUGGCAGAAAGUUAUCCCUGACUGGAAAGAGCAGGAAUGGGAUCAGGAGAAACCAGACUCUUAUGCAGGAAUCUUUCACUUCCGCUUCUGGCGCUUUGGCGAAUGGGUGGACGUGGUGAUCGAUGACCGCUUGCCCACGGUGGACAAUCAGCUGGUGUACUGCCACUCUAACGACAGCAAUGAGUUCUGGAGCGCAAUGGUGGAGAAAGCUUAUGCCAAAGUGUAUGGUUGCUAUGAAGCUCUGGAUGGCGGAAACACAGCUGAUGCUUUAGUGGAUUUUACCGGCGGGGUCUCAGAGCCGGUGGACCUGCUGGAAGGACUGUAUGCUCAGGAUGAGGCAGCCAGACACCAGCUGUUCGAGAGAGUGCUAAAGGUCCACAAUCGGGAUGGAUUAAUCAGCUGCUCCAUCAGGGCAACCACAGUGGAGGACAUGGAGGCUCGGCUGGACUGCGGUCUGGUCAAAGGUCAUGCUUACGCAGUCACCGACGUUCGGAAAGUGCGCUUGGGGCAUGGCUUGUUGGCGUUUUUUAAAUCUGAGAAGUUGCACAUGAUUCGAAUGAGGAACCCCUGGGGCGAGAAGGAAUGGAGCGGGCCAUGGAGCGACAGCUCGGAGGAAUGGAAUAAGGUGAGCAAGAGCGAGAGGGAAAAGCUGGGCGUCACGGUGCAGGAUGACGGAGAGUUCUGGAUGAACUUUGAGGAUUUCUCUCACUACUUUACUGACCUCAUCCUGUGUCGGCUCAUCAACACGUCCUACCUGAGCAUCCAUAAAACCUGGGAGGAGGAGGUGAUGAGAGGAUCAUGGAUUUACCGAGACGACCCUCUGCGAAACCGCUCAGGGGGCUGCAUUAAUCACAAAGCCACUUUUCUGCAGAAUCCUCAGUACGUGUUUGACGUGAGGAAGGUCGAGGACGAGGUCUUGAUCUGCCUGCAGCAGAAGGAUAAAAGAGCGACUCCCAAAGAAGGCAAAGGAGAAAACUUGGCUAUCGGCUUCGACAUCCAUCGGGUGGAACUAAACAGAAAGUACCGCAUGCACACUGCCCAGCAAAAGGUCGCAGGUUCCAUCUACAUCAACUCUCGCUGCGUCUUUCUGAGGAAGGAACUGAAAGAGGGCCGCUAUGUCAUCAUCCCUACCACCUUCGACCCAGGCCAGCAGGGAGACUUCUUGCUCCGGGUAUUCACAGAUGUGCCUUCAGACUGCAAAGAGUUGACUCUGGAUGAGCCUCCUCAGACGUGCUGGACAGGGAUGUGUGGAUAUCCUCAACUGGUCACUCAGGUGCACGUGCUGAGUGCUGAGGGGCUGCAGGGUCAAGACUCUAAUGGAGGCUCAGAUCCGUAUGUGAUUAUCACCUGUGAGGGAGAGAAAGUUCGAUCACCUGUGCAUAAGGACACCCGAUGUCCCAACUUCGACAUCAAGGGAGUGUUCUAUCGCAAAAAGCCAAAAGAAGGCAUUCACAUUGAGAUCUACAAUAAGAAUGUGAUUGUAGACACCUUCCUGGGUCAGGUGACCCUCUUCAGUGACCCGAAUGACAGACAAGAGCAGCACAUCGUCCACCUAAGAGACAAAGGCAGCCGCCAAGAUAACGACCUUCCCGGGAUGCUGACCGUUCGCCUGAUCACCUGCACCAUGUUAACCAACAUCUGACACUUUAAUGAACAUGACCCCACCCCUGAACUUUACCUUCUGUUUCCUUCUUUCUUUUGAUGGUCUGCAGUCAAUGCAUUCCCCAUCCCUUACUGAAUACCCGUAUCAUUUUGCAGUGCUCAUAGUAUUCAUAAGGGCUACACAUUAGUCGUGCAUGAGCAGCUGAGGUCGGUUCGGUAUUGGGACUAAUUGCGGAGUCUUCGUCAAGCAAUCAGCCGCAUGGUUUCCGUUGCCAGCUUACCUUGACAAAAAUUACUUCUUGCCAUCAAUCUUGUGCUCCUUCCUGGUGUUUGGAUCAGUUUAUACUUACAUUCCUAACUCACACUGAAGACCACUUAUGAAAAAAAAAUGAAACAGUUAUGGAUGCCUUGGCCAGCGCAUGACUCACUCGACAUGCUUUCUGAUUUACAACAAAGUUGACUCGAGUGCCUCUGAAUUGUGUGGAUUCUUCAAAAUCUUUACACUGGAUGAUCUUUGGAUGUGCAGCAGCAUGCUUGGUGUAGCUUUGCAACAGUACCAAGAAAUAGAGGCUCAGAGUUCAGCCACGACCAACUGCCUCCAGGGACCAAAAGCCCACCCAUACUCCAUCGCCAUAGUAACGCCACUGCCUGAAGACCAUGACAGUUUGAACAGCUUAUGUAUGCCUGUGUGUGCGAGUGUGUGUGCGUGUGCAUGUGUGUGCGUAUGCUGAUCUGAAUAAACCCCCUCAAAGGUCAUGCAUGUGUAAACGAACUACAUAAAUUCCAGCAGUGUUUUAGAGUGGAGAGCAGUCUUGAGGACACGAACAUGUGUAUACACGCUUCUCAUGUAUACUUCACUCGUGAGACUGUGACGUGAUGUGACAGACUGCUGGGUCUCUUCAGCUCUUGCCAAACAGCAUGUGCCACGACGCGAGUGCUAUUAGAACUGUUCUUCCGCUCCACCAGGGGUUGCUCUACUAAUGCUCUAGGAACAGCUGAUUCUUGAACGUCCUUUCCGAUUGCUGAUGUGCCCUUUUACUAUGAACUGCUACAAAGCUAUUUAUAUACAGUGACUACCGUUACCAGCUUAUGUGUUGCUAGAAUUUUAGUUGCUUGUGUUAU